ACGUAUUUUGGUCAGCAUGUGUUUUAUUAUAGUAAGUCUAUUUAUUAGUACUCUUAUUCUGCACGUCAGUGGUCGCAAUCCUGCAUUAAGGAUUGUAGGCGGGAGCAAUGUCGGUGAAAACGAGCUCCCGUAUGUUGCCAGGAUACAAAUAAAAUUAUCUAUUUAUCAGUCACCAGGAAUCAUAAGUAAGAUACGCGAAUUACAUGGCUGUACUUGCGCUAUUUUGAAACCAACCUGGACAUUGACAGCCGCUCACUGUAUUAGCCCACAAGACUUAAAAAUAAAAGGCUCUUUUGAAAAAAACGGACGUAUAGUUAAAUACAAAUUUAAAAUUUCCCACGGUCCUUUUGAGAAAAACAUUACGAACAAAAUUAUAGAAUGGAUGCAACAUCCUGCCUACAAGCUGGUAUCCCAUCCGACGCAUGUUAUGUCCGCGUCCAAUGAUAUAGGUUUGAUAAAAACUGAAGAAAUUAUUCUGACACAGUAUGGGCAUAUCAGUGCAAUGGAUCACACAAGCUUGCUCGGAUCGGAAGCGACUGCGACUGGCUACGGGCUGAUGAAGGUAGAGGGAGAGUUCGCCGACGCAACUUCUUUCGGGAAACCUUUACAGAAGCUAGACGUUGUUGUGAUUAAAUGCAGUCCAAGUCACACAUACGUGCGUCCAGGAUUGUGUAUAGCGCGGCGUUGUGGCAAGUUGUUCUCAGUCACUUGUCCAGGGGACUCAGGCGGACCACUCGUCCACCCCUCAGGCAUCAUAGCUGUGGACAGCGCUGGACCCUCUUCGGGAUGUUAUUCUUCAGUUGAAGUACAGUCUUUCGAUAUGGGUAUCUUCACACCUAUCAGCCCUUAUAUUGAUUGGAUAAGUGAUGUAAUGAAUAAAGACACAUAACAAAUUAA